GUACAUCAGGAGAUCACAGAGUUCCUGAAGUCAGGGAACAGAUCAGAGAAGAAACUCUCUGUGAUCCACUGCUCUGCUCUGGCCUACAUGCUGCAGAUGUCAGAGGAGGUUCUGGAUGAGUUGGACCUGGAUCAGUACAACACAUCACCGGAGGGACGACUGAGACUGCUUCCAGCUGUGAGGAACUGCAGGAAGUUCAAACUUAAUCACUGUUUACUCUCAGAGGCUCAAUGUGAAGUCGUGGCCUCAGCUCUGAAGUCUGACCCCUCUCAUCUGAGAGAUCUGGACCUGAGUAACAACACUCUGCUGGAUUCAGAUGUGAAGCGGCUGAUUUCUGGACUAAAGAGUCCAAACUGCAGACUGGAGGCUCUCAGACUGAGGGGCUGCAGGUUGUCAAAGAUCAGCUGUUCUAAGAGUGGAAAAGGUGACUCCGAUGUGCAACAGGAAGUGAAGACAGACAGAAAGGCUCCUGAAUCCUUCUCACCUGAACACACAACUGGAUCUUCAUACAGCUUCAGGUGUCCUGGUCCAGGUGCGUUCCAGUGUGCAUCGACUGGCCUGGUGUUCGUCAUGGCUCAGGAGGCGGAGCUUCUGUACAGGACGGUCCCUUGGGAAGAGAGCCUCCUCCAAUCAGCUGGCAAGCAGGCAGCAGGGCCGCUGUUCGACGUGAAGAGUUCUGAUGAAGCUGCUGUCUGCCAGCUCCACCUGCCACACAGUGAGACAGAGGAAGCGCUGCUCCUGGACGGCCUGUUGUCUGUCGUCCACAUCACUGAUGAAGGCCUGAGCAUCUUGGAGCCGCUGGAGGUCACACCCACUCACGUGGUGGUGAAGGUGCCUCACCUCUCUUUCUAUGGCCUGGUCUGGGACAUCCUUAAAAGGUUUCUGCUUCUGCGGAUAAUGGGCCAAGUUCUGGUGUUCCUACGACCCCCGGGCAGAGAGGAACAAAUACUGGAUGUACAUCUGCUGCAGAACAACGUCUCUGAGGAGGAGGUUGCUGAAAAACACAGCUGUGCUGUGCACAUCACAAACUCCUCCGAGUGUGAGCUGGAACUGUUUAAAGGUUACAGUGUGCACUGUGAACCUGAGGGCUUCUUCAUUCAGCCUGAGAGUAAAAUAUUUGAAUCCAGGUUUGGACCAAAUUACCCUCCGACAUUUCAAGUUUCCCUGACGACGAGCACAGAGAGAGUGGUUUUGAAGGUCAAGGACCAAGGUGGAAACGUAGUCUGGAGUUAUCGUGUGUCACUGGAAGUUCCAAGGCGGCAAUUAUCCCAGAUAAAUGUCCCAGCUGAGAGCAGAGUUCCAGCAGAGAGCAGAGUUCCAGAAGAGAGCAGAGUCCCAGCAGAGAGCAGAGUUCCAGCAGACCAGUGGCUGUUCUCAGUUCGGACAGAGUUCAUUCAAAGAGUGUCUCAAACUGAGCUGAACGUCCUUCUGGAUAAACUCUUUGGGUCUGGAGUGAUCAGUGAAUCUGAAAUGACGUCAGCCAGAGCCAAACCCAAAAAUGACGGAGCACGAGAGGUGGUGGACGCGGUGCGAAAUAAAGGAGCUGCAGCCUGCAGCAAAACCUUGUGGAGUGUGUGUGACAGUUGAAGUCUAGUCCACUGUUUUGUUACCUGUAACUAUUUCCCCUUGUCCUUGAAGGUAACACAGAUUCUGAGCGAAGGCUACUUUCCUUCUCUCGUUUCUCCUUUUCUCCGCCGGAAGUGGGGGGGGCAGGGGGCCAUUGCCCCCCCCCACUUUACAGCCCUGCCCCACAUUUUCGCAGCAACGGAUGCCGUGGA